UAAAAAGAGUAGAUCCAGAGAUUUAUUAUUUUUUAAAGUUGAAAGGAAAGUCUGCCUUGAGGAAGAAGGAGUUAUUUUUCUGCCCUGAAUCAGUGGAGACCAAACCCUUCAAGAAGAAGAGAAGCAACUGGAACCCCUUAUGCAAAUGGAUAACCAGGUCCCUCCCAAGAAAGUUCCAACUUUUUGUUCCCUUCGCUAUGGAUUAUCAUUCUUGCUGCACUUCUGUAACACUAUAAUAAUGUCACAGAUGAUAUGUCUAAAUCUCACAAUAGUAGCCAUGGUGAACAGGACGAAUCCACAUGGUUUGCCAAACACCUCCACAAAGGAGCUACUGGAUAACAUAAAGAACCCUGUGUAUGAUUGGAGCCCUGAGAUCCAGGGGCUCAUCUUCAGUUCCAUCUUCUAUGGUGUACUUUUCACCCAAGUUCCUGUUGGAUACUUAUCUAGAAUAUACUCCAUAAAGAAAAUGGUGGGCUCUGCAUUAUUCCUCAGCUCUCUGCUUUGCCUGUUCAUCCCACUGGCAGCUGAAACUGGAGUCACUUUUGUCAUCACAUGCCGAGUAGUCCAGGGGGCAGCCCAGGGGACGGUGUCCGCCGCUCAGCAUGCAAUAUGGAUCAAGUGGUCUCCACCUUUGGAACGAGGCCGACUUACCUCUGUAAGUCUAUCAGGGUUCCCACUGGGCUCCUUCACUGCCCUGCUUGCGACUGGGUUCAUCUGCCAAUCUCUAGGCUGGCCUAUGGUCUUCUAUAUUUUUGGUGCUGGUGGCUGUGCCCUAAGUCUUCUCUGGUUUGUCCUGUUUUAUGACGACCCAAAGGACCACCCAUGUAUAAACAUCAGUGAGAAGGAAUACAUCACGUCCUCCCUCUUGCAGCAGGUCAGCUCAAGUAGACAACCUCUGCCCAUCAAGGCGAUGCUUAAGUCUCUUCCACUCUGGGCCAUUUCCUUUGGUACUUUUGCUUUUCAGUGGACAAAUAACAUCAUGAUUUUGUUCAUGCCAGUAUUUCUCAACUCCAAGCUUCAUGUUAGUAUAAAACAGAACGGGCUGCUGUCUGCCGUCCCCUAUUUGCUUGCCUGGAUGAUCGGUAUCAUAGCAGGGGAGACGGCCGACUUCUUACUGUCCAGAAAUAUUCUCAGCAUAGUUAUCAUCCGGAAACUCUUCACCACGCUAGGACUCCUUCUGCCUGCCUUCUUCCACAUGUGCCUGUGCUGUCUGAGUUCAAGCGUCUACGGCAGUAUCAUUUUCCUGGUCCUUGCUAAUGCAACAGGAAGCUUUUGUUUGAGCGGAAUAAUAAUAAAUGCCUUGGAUAUUGCUCCCAGGUAUUAUGGAUUUCUUAAAGGAGUUACAAAUCUAAUUGGAAUGUUGGGAGCAUUAAUUUCUUCUAGUCUGACUGGAGUGAUUCUUGGUCAGGAUCCAGAAUCUUCCUUGUUUAAAACUUUCUACCUGAUUGUGGCCGUUAAUGUGAUAAGCCUCAUUUUCUGCCUUGUAUUUAUUAAAGCAGAAAUUGAAGACUGGGCUAAAGAAGGACAACACACACGCCUCUGAAGGGAUCCAGGUGCUGUGCAUCCACGGCUGUUAACAUCACAGAAAGAGAGACAUGGGAGACAUGGCGUACAUCCUGAUGAAAGAGCGCACCACCACCGAGGUCCUGCUGCGAGGACCACACUGAGAUGAUCUAGCCCCUGGAUAGAGCUACUGUUUGUAAUAAGAAGCAGGCAGGAUGGAGAACGUGUUGAACUAAAUUCUAAGGAUAUCAUCAGCAAAUCUAAACCGUGAGAAUUUUACAGGUCAAAGACUCAGAUUUCUUAACAAAUAAAUAAAUUAAAAGGAAAAAGAAAAAGGUUGGAGAAAGUAGCCUCUAGAUUAGGAGGGACUUUAAAGACAUACUAACUUUUCUGGCAAGUCUAACUCUACUCAUAUAUAUACAUGGGUGAUAAAUCUAUAAGUACAUGCACAGAAAACAUUACUCUAGAUGUCAGGAUAGUUAUUACUUUUAGGGGCAGGGAGAGAUUGUGAUUAGGAUAGACCACAUGGAAGCUUCUGGGGUCUUGGCAGAAUUCUAUUUUUCAUGUCCAGGGUGGCUAUUAAAAGUAUUCAUUGAGUUACACAUUUGUUUUGUGCAUUUUUCUAUAUCUAUGGUUUAUAAUAAAGGAAGGAAGGCAAGGAGGGAGGGAGACAGAGGACAUGAACUGAGGGAAUGGAGACAGCAGAAACAGACAACCCUGCAAAGGGAAUCAGAGACAUGGCAUGGUACCUGUAGGGGUAUGUGGCACUGGGGGCUUUUGUUUGUUGUUUGUUUUAGAAUUGGUUAUGGGGACAAAUACGGUGGGUCAAUAUAUGGGUUGGUAUUUUAUCUGUGCAAUAAGCAGUGAGGUUUUUACUUAAGAGGGACUAGUUGGGAGGAGGAAAUAAGAAUUUCACAGUGGAAAGGGGUAAAAUUACCAUUAUGAAUGAAUGAUAUGAUUAUUCACCUAGAAAAAUCCAACUUGGUUGACUAGAAAGCUAUAGAAAUAAUAAAUGCAUGCAGUAAGUUUCCUGACUAACCUAUUAGUACAGAAAUAAUUUUUUUCAGGUUAAACAAGAAUAACCAUUUAGCAAAUUUAUUGAAAGAAAUGAUCUAAGUGAUGAUUGGAGGGAAAUUUGAUAGUUUUAAUAAAAAAAUUAAAUGGAUUCAGUACUGUUGGUACUAAGAAUUUCCAUAAUGGUGCACUCACAAAAUUUAAUCAAGAUGCAUUUAUACUCAAUAUUGCUUAUUAAAAAUGGCAAAGAUGUAGAUAAAAAAUGUAGAGUCAGUGUAGUCUUAGUUAAUAGAUUCUGUAUAAAUGAAUGGAAUAUAACCAGCAGUUGAACAAUAUGGGAGAUCAUACAAAUGUUUUAAUAUAGAAAUUACUGAGGUCUUUAUGAAUAAACACAUAACAACACUAGGAUAUAUUUCAUAGGUUAACAAAGGUUUACCUUCUCUUUCCAAGGUACAGAGUUGGACACAUCUAUGGCAGUAAUCAUUUUAUUCAGACCCUAUACAUUUUAUUUGUUUCUAUAUAUGUGACCUAUUAAAUACAAAAUGUUAUACUACUAAAGUUUUCUACUAUUGUUAUUUCUAUUCACUUCUGUUUCUGCUCAGGCAAUCAUUAU